AGUAUUCCCAGCAUGCCGCGCGCACAUUUGAAAGCUUCUGAGUGAUCCUAGCAGAACUACGCCCUAGAACAUAGACGCAUAUAUAGGUUAAUGAUUAAAAUUAAGUUUAUACAUUGAUGGGUCUGUGGCUGUUUCUGUGCUACUUGGCAUUUUGUGUUUUUGUGAUGUGUUAGCUCUAAUAGUAACAGUUGCAAAUUUAGCCGAAAGCUACCAAUGUAGGCUUUUGAAGCACAGCGUAAGUAACUUGUAGCAAAGAAAGGGGUAAUCCUCAUAACGGUUUAGCAUUUGUAUUUGCUGUUUUUUCUCACUGAUUUUUUAAUAAAACUAAAUUUUCAGCCUACUAGACCCUUCAAACUGCUUUGUAUUGUUUUUAAUUGGGCCGCUAGAUGCGCUCUUAGAACGCGUCAGACGAUUUGUCAUCGUCUGCCACAGGAUAACAGCAACAUUACGACAAAAUUGUUUUUAUGAAAGCCGUGCGCAAUGUGUGCCUGCAGCUGGCUGCAGGUGUGCGGUAGUGUUCUCUGUGUCAGGUGAUUUCAAAGUGUUGGCAGCAGGUCGGUCAUAGUUGCAACGGCGAACUCCGAAGAGGUUGUGUCGUUUGUAAGUCGCGCCGCAGAUUGUAGCCGCUGUAUCGUCGAAUUGGAGAGGAGGCGCUGUAACGGCAGCUUGAAUCGCUGGUUUGGAAUCGCCGCCACUAUAUCGCACCGUUGCUGUUGUUUGGUAUGAGUGUGUUUAUGUGGUCGUCUAUUGUAAGUGUAUCCCUUACAGAGUGCCAAAGCUUCUGCCCAUCGAAUACUCACUGUGCUUCCGACCAGGGUGUCGUUAUCCUAAUAGUGAAAUCAGGAUAGAAAUUCAAAGUGAGCUGCAAAAUGGCCACAAACACGCUAUCAUCGGCGUUCCGCAAGUUGGACAUCGACCAAUACAAUGAGGAUCUGUUCGUCGACGAGUCAGGCGGAGAAUCAGCUGAGCUGGUCCAAGUUCCAGGACCUGAUGAGGCGGAGAUCAACGCAUUGCUUAAUGGAUCGAAGACCGCUGAGGCUCUUAAGGUCGUUCUCAAGAAUGCACCAAUAAAUGCAAAAGGAUUUGAUGUCAAGGAUAAGGCAUUUGCUUUAGCUAUGAAAUGCAUGCUGGCAAUCCGCGUCUCCGAGAUGGAUGCAGUAGUCUCGUCACUGGAACCUGAGCUCAUCGACACACUUAUGAAGUACAUUUAUCGAGGAUUCGAAUCACCAGCAGAAGGUUCAUCAGGUCAUCUGCUCGCUUGGCACGAAAAGGUUUUUGCCCAGGGCGGCCUUGGCUGUAUCAUCCGUGUUAUGACCGCCAGGAAGUCCGUUUAGAUGGUGCAAGUAAUGUCGCCACCUAUUUUCUGUCGAUGUAGAUGUAACCAGAAGCCGAUGAUUAGUGAUACUGGUGACCAAGCUAACCUAGCAUCAAUUAGUCAAUCCCAAUGGCGGCAUAAAUGAGUGGGUGGGAUUAGGGUUGAACUAGCAUACAUCGAUAAUACCAUGGACUUGAAAUGACUCGCCUCAUAUGCAAGCCAUUAGGAACAGACAUGUCAUAUUCCGUCAACCAACACUGCAUCGCAUCAUAAUAGUAAUUGCGAAUAUGACAAACAAAUAAAUCGAUUACCUUGCCCUAUGGAUAGAAAACCCUAUAGUUAGGUUUUCCUUGAAUGUAUUUGUGACAUCAGCAUAUAAUAGUAGCGUGCGAAUGAUCUGUCAGGACAAACGAAAUCGUCGCAUGAAGAAAAGAAACAAAACAAAUUUGGUUAGAAUCAAACACAUUAUUAAUAUUUAUUAUUUAUCGAGCAUGAAACGAUGAUUGUUUUCGUGUUUUCGCGUCUACCAUAACGUUUUCUUUGUGUUAACAUCCCUGCAUAAAAGUUUACACUCACUAUAUUUGUCACUUCAGAAGUCUCGGUCCCCUAGUCGAAAAAAAUUAAGACAGGGUCACACUAUGCACACAGACAACUGCAUGAGUAAUCAUUUCAAAUUGAAUUUUCAGAAACUUGUUGAAUUAUUGUAGCAAAAUCUUGUCUGAGUAGCGCUCCGGCUAUCGUUGGCGCAGCUCAAAGUGCUUGACACAUAUAUGAUACCUUAAAGUAGGUUGGUUGAAGAAAGGUUCAGAAAAUAUGUCACCUAGGGUGCAAAAUAUUCGUGUAUAAUAAUAAUAUUAAUUUAACAUUGAUACGAAAUCUUAUCCUGAUCAACACUCCUUACAUCUUAUGUUGUACAACUAUUUUGCGUAGGUCAAAGUAUGUCAAGUUUACAGGUGUACACUGUUUUUUUUAUGAACUAUGUCGUUACAUCAGAUUACGUAUUUGAACGCAACUUCUUGCUUAUGCCGUCACAUGGUUGUGUGUCGUGCGGUAAUUCUAAAUAGGAACAAAAUGGCAAGAGCCGAUUCGCCCUUCAAUUUUCGCAAAACUAUUCACUCGUUGAAUUUCGCGCAGUGAAUAUACAACUAGAACAGGAUAUAAAAUGGUUAAUGUUAGUAUACAUAGGUGAGCUUAUUGAAUAAUAAGCGCUCUGUAAUCGUUUGCAAUUAGGCGAUAUGUAAAAAUGCAAAUAGUCUAUCGAUAUUAGUCAAGUCAAUAAUAAGGGUAAUGUUCGCUUGUGUGUUGCCGACCGAUAGAUGGAAGUAUAUGUUGACAUGAUAAUGCCACUUGAUUAAUAUAACGAUUACUCACGCAGUAGAUAAUGUGGUAGAGGUUAUAGGUAUACGAGGCAAAUACGAGCUAUAGGAGUAGGUAAAAUAAAUAAUAUUAAAUCACGUAGUUCUUUUUGUCGUAUAGGUAUAUUAGUGAACGGAAUUACGUAUAUGGUUUUAUGUCUAUUUAAAUACCGGGUUUUGCAGUAAACCCAACCAUCUUAAAAUAAAACAACUAUUUUUCUUUGGUU